AUGAACAACAUUACUGGAUGGUUGAGUGAAAACACUGGGAUAAUUGAAAUGCGUUAUCGUUGUAAGUGAUCUGAUUACUUUAAAUAAAGCCACUAAUAAACUGGGGUGAGUAAAACUCUUACGUAGACCCCUUUUUUCAAUCAGCAGGGCCGGGUUGUUCAAAACCACCGGGCUAGAGCAAAAUUUGAUUUCAGACGUUAAAGCUUAGAAAGCAAAGUCAGUUUUAUUAAUUCUUUUUUUUUCUACAAUUUGAUGAAUGGAUGCUCUAAAAACUAGAAAAAAACUUAUCUGUUAAAGUGCUUUUAAACAGAAGAAAUAUCAGCCGUUGCCGCUAAUCGGCCCUCGAACAACUAGAUCCAGGUUCAUAAAUGGGUACCAGAAACAUAACGUUGGGGUUGUGCUGUUGCAAUGAAUAGACAUCCCAUCCAGAUGGAAUUAAACACUGGGUGCUUCAUGUUUUAAAAACCAGCUUCUGACCUCCACUAACACGAAACAUCCAGAGUGAAAUGAUUAUAAAAGAUAAACCAGUCGGUCACCGGAGGCAGAUGUAUCCUAGCUACAUCAAUGAUAUACUUGCCAAAUACUAUUACGUGUUCUAGGUAAGAGCGAUUGUCCGGCCAGAUACGAAAAACCACUAAACAAAACUACCCUUAGAAAGUGGACAAAAAAUGUUUGGAAACUAUUCCCCUAGGAAUGCAGUGACACAAAGCCCGAGGAAAGGGAUCAAACAAAAAGUAGAACACGGAAUACCUUGUUAAAUAGAAGACUCCAAAAAAGCAGUAGACCUGCACCGUUCUAAGGGGCUGUGUAAUAAUUACCUGAAGCGCUUUUGAAAAAUUAGAAGGGGGCGGAGCGUAGGAAAAAAUGACAACAAGAGAGAGGGGGGGUUGGAUUUAAAAUUUAAUACACUUAGGGCGGGCAUUACUUUUUCAUUCCUUUUUGCAAACUGGAAAAGUAGUGGAAGAGUUAUUAGAGUUCAAAUAUCAAUACUAACAUUGGAAUAAAACUGACAAAUUUAUCAACUCUAAGGUGUUCUGAUCUAUGAACUGUUCUUUUUCCUAUCUGUCAUGCAGUAGAAAAGAAAUGCCUCUGUUAUAUAUAUUAAAACAGUGCUUCUUUAUUUAGACUAGGAUUUAAUAAAACAGGAAACUUUAAUUACAAGUUGCAAAAGAAGGACUAUAAUGUCAUGAUUCAAUGAACAAGAAACAUGCUAAUGGUAGCACACAUGGCAUCAUAAUUUAGCAGAAUGAAAAACCCAACCGUUGAAAUUUUAAUAGCAAUACACAUUUAAAGUAUGGUAAAUAAAACAUGUAAAAGAUGUAAAAACGCUUACCAACAAGCUGCUGAAAAUGUAUCUAAAGCAAAAAGGUUUUAAUAUAAGAUAAGUGGAACCAAGGAUGAGUUGAUUGAUCGAGUUCUCACCCACGCACGCGGAAACCUUAGUGCCAGAGAUGUUGUAGAAGAAGAGGAAUCUCCCAAUUCAUGCGAAGACGACACACCCUCAGAGUUCAGUGAUUCUGAUGACUCUUCAAAUGACUCUUCAACAUACGUCGAAGAGUCAUUUGAAGUGAUGUUUGUACCGGAGGACGAAAUCCAACAAGUAAACUAGGUAUGAGGGAAUCAGUGGGAGGCGACUUUUAUCAAGGGGGGUUAGCCUUAAUACUAUCGUUAUGUGAGGGGGGGGGGGUUGAAAUUAAUUGUUGCUGAAUGAGACGGGGGGCAUGACUUAGUUUUGGGGCAUAUUUCCCCCAUUUCCCAACCUCCCCUCCCCCUCCAGGUAAUUAUUGCACAGUCCCUAAUUUGUACACAGUUCUCUCUUGAAAGAAUUCGCACUUUGUCUCGUUCGCGAGGACAAACGAGAGGUUAUUCAUGUGAGCCGCCAGGUUGGUAUGAAAAUUUAUAUAUGCGCUUUAGAACCCAAUUCCAACUUUGAUGCCACCCAAGUGAAAAAAGCGAAAUAUUCAUUCCUCCACUAACUAAAUUGUUAAGGUUCUGCCCAAGUAAUUAGUGUCUGGCCUUAAAACGAAUUUCCGCUUUUGAUUGCUCCUCAUUUCCCCACAAAUAAGUCAGUUAGCCGCAUUGGAUAAGUUAAAUAGUCGGUAAAUCAUAUUCUUCGGAUCAAUUUGUCAGUCUACUGAUGGUCACUCAGUCGGUAAGUGAGUUAGUCAGUCAAUUAAUCAUCCAAUCAGAGGACAGGAAUUAAUUCUUAAUUAAAAAAAAAUAGAAAAAAUCCUAAGUCUUUACUGAAGUGUCUGAUUGCCGUUAUAACGUUUUCGUAGUUUACCUAAGGAUUUUAGAUUCCCUUCAAGAUCUGCCGGGCAAGAGUAGACAUGCCCACUGCUUGACGGUCUGCGAAAAACUCGUUCGCAUCAUGGAACUCAGCCAAGAAUUAGGAGAAAACGUGACGUCAAGUUACCAUGGUAGCAAAAGUUUUGGAGCUUAAAAGUCUUUCUUGAGGAAUACGGUCAUUUGCAUUGUCGAACGAUAGAGGAAAAGUAUGGGCUACCGUUUUCUUCCUAAGUGCAAUCACGCACCGGAAAUUCAUACAUGUCAAUUUUUUCGUUUUUUUCUGCUAUAUUAGCAGGACAGGGACCGUUUGUUGAGAUCCAGAAAUGUUGCUACCAUGGCAGCGUUACGUAACGACUUCUCCUCUCUAUUGGCAAUGUUUGGAAGACAUUCUUGGUGGCUUAGUGUCGAGUAUCGUCUGCACUUACGGACUAUCCACUAAGCGAUACUGAACGCAACGUUUCAAUGACAAGUUCCUGGUUCUCAUUGGAUUCCCAGUCAUAAGCGGGUGACAUAUGUGGGAUGUCUACACAUAGCAAUUUCAAUGCAGGCCUUUCGGCUUUUAAUUGUCCCUUGUUUAAAAGAAAUAAUGGUACCUGAAAGGUCCUUUAACUUGCCUGCAUCCAAGUGUCUUUACAGGUACAUUACAACGACCAAGUAACUUUUCUUAAGUUUAUCAUUACCUUCACUAUCACCAUUGUUGCCUCGGUCGCCUCGGGCAUCAGUCCUCUCAACCAGCCCACUAACAUCAUUUCCCCUACGUUUUAACUCCUCAAACUGAUUCUGUUUGAGAGUGAUGCCCUUUUCUACAUAUACCGCACUCAUUUUGAAUACUACUUAAAACGUAUUGUCAAAUAAAGAUGGUAGAAUAAGGCGGCGUUCAGAGUUGGUGUUUGGGCACUGUGCCUGAGCACGGUAGUCUCGGGGCACUAAAGUGAUUACGGUCUUUGUUCAUAUACCCACGCUAAGAAUUCGGCCAGGGUGCCAGUGCCCACGGCGUACGAGGUCGUGACCUAGUUCUUGGAAACUAACGGGCACCGGGUCCACAUCUUUUCUUUCGCUCCGAGACAAAUGUACUGUGUUGUAUCCUCUGCCACACUCCUUUUCCAAUGAUGUCUGACAGGGCGAAACUGAGCAGAUAUGGGCGAAACUGAGCAAAUACGUACACAAUGAUAUAGGGUACCCAAGGUUUUGGGCCGGUAGCUUAGCACAGUCUAGUUCUCGGUACCGAGUGUGAACAUCACCAUUUCCAUUGAACUUAAUAAUUAACUGGAUAUAACAUUUAUUGCUGAAAUAUCUGAGACAGAAAAAAGUUUUUCUGGAAACGAAUAACCUAGGAGAGGAGGAAAAUAGAAAAAAGAAUUAAUCCUAAAUGUGCGUACACACUUCAAACCAAACCAACAAACACUUUACCAUACGUGCAUUUCUCUUCAUACCACCCUCCAGGAUAGAGGAAAUAAUUUACAUAGGGCAAUGUUCCACAGUUACUAAGAACGAACUCCGGUGAGAAAACAUUUGAAAAGUAUAUAAACAAUCCAAUCAAAAUUUAAAGUGAUGUUUUAUCCCAAUGCGAGUCGUGUACCAUAUACAAUCUAUCAUUGAUGAUUUUUGCCCUUCUCUCUUUCCAGAUUGCGUCUUCCCUGUCCCCCAUUUUGAAGGUUUUUACUUCAUCCUCCCUCUUAUUAUUUGGUCGUUCCUUCUCCUUUAACAUAAGAUUUAAAGUCACGCCCAGCGGAUUUAAACUAAAUAAAUAUUACAAUUAUAACAAAACGGGUCCUCAAUUAUGUUCAAAUUAUUGCUUUAUAGCUUUGGAAAAAAAAGUUGAGCGCGUAAAUAGGUUAGGGUUAGUCUGUUAAACUAUUGAAAGACACGGCUGUUUAUCCUGGGACGCAGUCAUUUAGGCAUGAACUGUGAAAUAAACGCGCAGAAUCGUCAACCCCCCUUUCAGACGAUAACAGUAACGCCGAAAGACUCUAAAGUGACUCUAAAAUGCUGGAUUAAGUGAAGGUGAUGGUCUAUACUUACUACAAAACUAUUCGACCGAUGUAAAUCCGUCACGUGGAUGUUUUUUUAUAAAAUACGCUAGUGAGCAUUUUCUUCUUUAUCCUUUUUUGCAAUUCAUGGUUUAUAUAAAAACAUCAUGAUGGAUAAUUUUUGGUCUUCUUUUUACAUGUAUUAUGAAUGAUCCUUGAAGACCUCGUAGGUGGCUGACGGAGAUUUAAUUGCAUGGUAACGUCAGCCCUUACGGUUAGAGUAAUAUCACAAACCGGUUGAAGUUUCGUCCGCCUGAAUCACCUUCAACGUUAACAAACGCACUUUACUGAGUCCCUUAUUUAAAAUCAACAUAUGAAUUGCAGUAAAGCAUUACCGAGUUUGUUUUAGGAAAGUGUCACUUAAAAAAGAGAGAUCACACUUUAUGUUAAAACUAACUGAGUGGAUGACUUAUCAGCUUGGUAAGUAACUAAAGACGAAAAAUUUCUUUUCAGUUCCAGUUCAGAGAGUAUUUAAGACAAGUUCUCCAGUGGAUUUCUAUCCUAAUACGACGGAAAUGGAACUCAAUUGUACCUUUAAGGGAUUGCCUCCUCCUCGUGUUGCUUGGUACAAACCAGGUAGUAAACUAAUCAUCAACGGAUCUGAAAGCUUUUAUCUCUACGAGCAGCUGUUUGGAGAGGACACCUUAUCUUCUGUUCUUCGAAAUCCUAAUAUCCAAGAAAAACACGCAGGAGCUUAUAAAUGCACAGGAAUGAACAACAUUACUGGAUGGUCGAGGGAAAACACUGGGAUAAUUGAAAUGCGUUAUCGUUGUAAGUGAUCUGAUUACUUUAAAUAAAGCCACUAAUAAACCGGGGUGAGUAAAACUCUUACGUAGACCCCUUUUUUCAAUCAGCAGGGCCGGGUUGUUCAAAACCACCGGGUUAGAGGAAAAUUUGAUUUCAGAUGUUAAAGCUUAGAAAGCAAAGUCAGUUUUAUUAAUUCUCUUUUUUUCUACAAUUUGGUGAAUGGAUGCUCUAAAAACUAGAAAAACUUAUCUGUAAAAGUGCUUUUAAACAGAAGAAAUAUCAUCCGUUGGCGCUAAUCGGCCCUCGAACAACUAGAUCCAGGUUCAUAAAUGGGUACCAGAAACAUAACGUUGGGUUGUCCUGUUGCAAUGAAUAGACAUCCCAUCCAGAUGGAAUUAAAUAUUGGGUGCUCCAUGUUUUAAAAACCAGCUUCUGACCUCUACUAACACGAGACAUCCAGAGUGAAAUGAUUAUAAAGGAUAAACCAAUUGGUCACCGGAGGCAGAUGUAUCCUAAAUACAUCAAUGAUAUACUUGCAAAAUACUAUUACGUGUUCUAGGUAAGAGCGAUUGUCCGGCCAGACACGAAAAACCACUAAACAAAACUACCCUUAAAAAGUGGACAAAAAAUGUUUGGAAACUAUUCCCCUAG